AAUAUGUCAGGAAAAGUUUAAAACAAUUGAAAAUUCAUGACAUUCAUUAUUCUGUCAUAAUUAAUAGUCAAUCUAAUACAUGGGAAACUAUGAAGUCGUAAACAUGUUUGCAUUAGGUACAACAAUGGUAUUGGUGGAAAUAUUGGGUGAAUGUAACAUAUUGCAUAUCGUAUAAACAAAAAUAAAUAUAAAAAGAAUUAAUUUUGAUUCUAAAGGGUAGUAAUUAAUUUAUAAUAUAUAAAGCGUGGAUUAACUAGAAAUCAUAACGAUUUCAAGAUAACUGUCAAACAUGACCUUUUUAAUAUGAAAGUAACACUACGAAUGAAAAAAAUUACUUUUAAUAUCAGAAAAAACAAUCGUAUAACCUUUUGACACAUUAUGGCAAAUCCGGGCGAUUCUAUCAUAUGUGGGGGUUUUUCAUUUUAUAAUAAUUUUGAUUCGGCUAAUUUAGCAAAAGUUGAACUAGUAAAAUUACCAGAAACUUUUGAAAAGGAUGGAUGUGAAACAGAAAAUAAAUCAUGCAGAAGCUUGAAUUCAGAAGAUACAAUAGAUUAUGAAUUUAACUUAUGGACAAAACAUGAUUGUCAUGGAACACAAUUUCAAAAUAAUAAUAGAACAUGGUUUUAUUUUGGUGUUAAAACAAACACUCCAAAUGUUUAUAUCAAAUUCAAUAUAAUUAAUCUAAAUAAACAAGUUAAAAUGUUCAGUCAAGGAAUGUGUCCAGUUUUUAAAAUUGUGCCUGGUCAUCUACAUUGGGAACGGAUUCAAGAUAAACCUACUUACACUUUGGAUCAAAAAGGAAAUGAUUUUACAUUAUCGUUUCUUUAUAAUGCUCCUGAAAAUUCAAAAGCCAUAACAUAUUUUGCAUUUACUUAUCCUUUCUCUUAUACUGAUCUACAAAAUUAUUUAAGAAGAAUUGAAGUAAAAAUAUCAAAAAGGAAUUUAACAUCUGCUGAUGAUAUUUAUUAUCAUAGAGAAUGUGCAAUAAAAUCUUUGGAAGGACGAAGAAUGGAUCUAAUAACAAUAAGUUCAUUUCAUAACAUAUCAACAGAGAGAGAAGAUAGACUGAAUAAUAUGUUUCCUGAAAAAAAUGAAGAAAGACCUUUUAAAUUUUAUGAUAAAAAAGUAAUUUUCAUUAGCGCAAGAGUUCAUCCAGGAGAAACACCAUCUAGCUUUGUUUUUAAUGGUUUUCUUAAUUUUCUUAUAAAUCGCGAGGAUCACAUUGCAAUUAAUCUUCGCCGCCUUUAUGUGUUCAAAUUAAUACCAAUGCUCAAUCCUGAUGGUGUAGCCAGAGGUCAUUAUCGAAUGGAUACUAGAGGAAUAAAUCUUAAUAGAGUCUAUCUCAAUCCUUCUUUAAAGGAUCAUCCAACAAUAUAUGCUGCAAGAAAUUUGAUAAAAUAUUAUCAUCAUACAUAUCAACUGCCAAAAGAAGAUGAGAUAUCAAGUAUAUAUUUAGGAAAUGGUGAAAAUACUUUAACCAUCAUUGAUUCUUCUUCCACAAUUGCAAAUAUAGUACGUGAUACAACAACAAGAUUACUUCAGCAGGUAACACUUAUGACUUUAGAUGAAAAACAUAAAGAUGAACCGAAAAUUUUUCAGGAAUGUACAUUACCAAAAAAUUUGAAUAACAUAUCUCAGGGUGGUGGAGAAGGCUUAUGUAAUAAAACAGAAGAAAGUAAUAAUUCUGUAGAAUUUAAAUCUGAUAAAAAAACAUAUACAGCUGUUGGCAUAGGACAAUUACCUAAAGAAGAUUCUGGAUUAUAUCUAUACAUUGAUCUUCAUGGUCAUGCUUCAAAAAAAGGUGUUUUUAUGUAUGGCAAUUACUUUGAUAAUGCAGAAGAUACAAUAACAUGUAUGCUUUUGCCAAAAUUAAUGUCCAUUAACAAUCCAAAUUUCCAUUUUACUUCAUGCAAUUUUACAGAAAAAAAUAUGUAUAUUAUAGAUAAAAGAGAUGGUAUGUCAAGGGAAGGAUCAGGUCGAGUAGCUGUAUAUAAACUUACUGGACUUAUACGUAGUUAUACGCUUGAAUGUAACUACAAUUCUGGACGUUUAGUAAAUACAAUACCUGCAAGAGUUCGUGAUGGUGUAAAUAGAGCUAUGACUCAUAUAUUUGUUCCACCAAAGUAUACACCAACAGUUUUCGAAGCGGUUGGAGCAGCAUUAGGUCCUUCAAUUCUUGACCUAACAAAUAAUAAUCCUAAUAGUCGAUUGCCAAAUAGCCAAUAUCGCUCUUUAAGAGGUGUAAAAUCUUAUUUAAAAUUAGCAUAUGUGAACAAUCUUUCAUCACCGAAUAGCAAAUCUCUACAGAAGGAUAAUAAUAAUGUUAUGCCUUCAGAUUCUUAUAAUUUGAAAGAAAUUGAAUCUCAGAUAAUUAACUCUUCUGUUGGGUUAAAGAACUCAAUGAAAAGUGAAACGAAUUUCAUAAAAAAAUCAUGUAUUAUUCGUCGCACCACAUCUCUUUAUACUGGUAAAAAAAUAAAAAAUAAUAGAAAAACUCGACAAACUGUAACUCGUAUACCGCUAAAAAAUCAGUGCGUCAAUAAUAUCGAAAGUACUUCGAAAAUCCCUGUAAUUGGACCAAAAAAUGUUAUGAAAUCAUUUUUAAAAAAUUCAGAAAAUCGUUUGAAAACUUCUUGUUUUGGAUGUAUCAACGAUUCCUCGGAAAUAAGAGAUAUUCAACAUGAGAAUAAAAAAUUAACAACAAUAAACAAAUAUUCAAAAAUGGCUUUGUCUUCUGAAGAAACAACUAUUGUUAAGCAUGGAGCAAAAAGAUUAAAAAUUGUUUCUAUAAAAGUAAAUAAAGGAAAACCGGAAAUUGGAGAACCAUCUAAUAUUGUCUCGGAAACUAUGAAAUCACCGUCAUUACUUAUGUCUAAUAAACAAAAUGUAAAAAAAACUUCAAAAACAACAAAAAAAUAUUGUUCUAAAAUGGAGCAAAAUAAAUUGAAGUCUUCCAAAGUGAAAAAAUCAAUAGAAAUAUUGUAG